AUGCGUCUCUCCGGUGCCUUGGUGGCUAUCUGUGCCUCGGCCCUCAGCAAGACUGCUCAGGCCCAAUGCGAGGAAGUUGUCCCUGGGCAGUACACAGGAACGGUCUUCCAGAACAGCCUUGCGAGCACGCAUGCUCUAUCGGAGAUUGCCUUCUUCAAGAUCAGAGACCCCUCGGGUGCCCAUACUUGCACUUCCGAUGGUGCCGCAGACCUCAGUCUGCUCACAUUCCAGUCACUCAACACCUCUCAGCAACGGCCAGUCAACUCUGACCUCCAGCGGGCAGUGAUCGUCAUCCACGGCGCUAGAGCAGAUCCGUGGAACUACCAUGCUGGGAUGAUACAAGCCCUAGAACAGGUGGAGGGUGAUGGCAUCACUGCAGACAACGUUGCCAUCACGGCACCGUACUUUCCAAACGACGAGGAUGCCGGUACUGGAUAUCCAUACAACGCCAACGGGGUAAGUCCAGCAGAGAAGUACCCGUCCCCAGCCUUGGCUUGGUAUGAUGAUCGUUGGGCUGGCGGAGCCAACAACCAAUACCCUCCGAAUACACCAACGGUAUCGGCAUUUGAUGUUUUGGACCAAAUCAUCCAGUGGUACGGUAACAAGGAAAUGUUUCCCAACAUCAAGCAGAUCGUUGUUUCGGGGCACUCAAUGGGCGCGCAAAUGGUCCAACGAUUCGCUGCCGUAGGGAAGACGCCUGCGCAGCUUGGCAUAGAUACGCCCGUCAGUUAUUGGGUCGGCGAUCCCAAUAGUUACGUGUGGAUGGCGACUGACCGCCCGCUGUCUACCGGCAAGUGUGCUGCCUACGAUAACUAUCGCGAAGGCUUUGCCAAUUACCAGUCUUAUGGAACGGAGAGGUCGCCGUCGUUGACGUAUAACGAGCCCUUGGUAACAGCGGGCCGCGACGCUAUCCUGCAGAAUUACAACAGCAAGACCAUUGCACAUGCGCGUGCAACCAAAGAUAAAGGGGACUAUAACCCUGAUAACGACUGCGUCACAUACCCAACCGGACAGGACCGCAAUGAGCGUUUCUUCGAAUUCAUAAAGCGAUUUCCGGCAAAGUGCGAGGACCCAGCGGGUGCAUGCCACACUGUGGACAUCGUGGUCUCGACGCAUGAUGCCCCAACCAUGUUUCGAGCGCCCGCUGGCCUGGCACGCCUGUUCAAGGACAAUUGGAAUGGUCUGGGCGGCCGUGCGUACGACUUUGGCUAUCCUCGCCAUGCCACAUACGAUGAUCCCUACCCAGAUCCAGCUCAGGCCGGACAAGCCAUCGUUGGCAGUGACAGUACUGUCUAUGCCGGGGGCAAGACAUUCCGGGGCUGUUUCUCGGACGUUGAUAAAGCGCAGAGCGUCGGGUCCUUGGCAGUAUCGGCAUACGUCGGAGACCUAAACUCUCGUACGUAUUGCUCUCAGCUGUGCACUGAUCGCGGCUACCCAAUUGCUGGCGUGAGCUGGCAGAACUGUUAUUGUGGCAAUGCCCUUGGGAGCCAGACGGUGCAGGUCGUUUCGACGUCGUGUCAAGGAGGUUGCCCAGCCGGUGACGCAUCCGCAACAUGUGGUGGUCCAAACCGCCUGUCGGUAUUCUCUAGUAUCGACCUCUAA